GAAGAAAAACGUGAGCAAUUUCGUGAAAAGUUUUGUGUGCAUUUGGAUAUUUUGUUCCCUAGAAAGUGCUCAUGGUAAUUGGUCAAAAGCUUGUGCAUCCUUUCUAUUGAUUGUUAUUACUUGUUGCACGUCGGAAGUGUGAACGGAAAUGUAUCACUUAAAACCGGUAUUGACGAACGAUGCUUGUGAAGUACCUUCCUGCAUGUACGUCCUGAAGCCGGUCUGUUCCUUUUCCUUCGAUCGUGCACAGCUGGCAGGCACCACCGUCGAUCCGUUGUCGGCCGGAAUCGAUCAUUUGCUAAAAAAGGCCGAAAGUGAUGAGCUAAGAAUGUUGGCAGAAAGACAGCAGCGUGUUCUACAGCAGUUGGCUGAGUUGAAAAACGAACUGCUUUCCAUGCGCACAGAAUUAAAAUUGAACACCAAAGCACCUGCCACGCAACCGUCGACCCCUUUAAAGUCUAAGGCUGAGUUAAAAGCGGAGCCAAUCAAUCACACCUUCCUGCAAGAUUUUGUGGUGAAUGCUAGCCCGAGCUACGUUCCGUACAGCUUGUUGGCCCUGAAGAAUCUAUGGAAAGAUAGGCUUAAUUUGCAAGUCGAAUGCUUUACCCACUCUACGGUUCCCAAACUGACCGAGGAAGCACUCAACUUUCAGAAUGCCAUCCUAUCGACCAGCACUACGGCGAACAAACUGCCCCAGAUUAAGGUGACGCUUAUCUGGAAGAAUGUGGGCACCUACACGGAAAUGAUUACCUCCCCGACGUCAUAUGUUCCGAUCUGUGGCGAGGUCAACAUCUUGCGCUAUCUUUCGCGCUGUGGACCGAGUGAGUUCAAUUACGAACAGCAAGACAAUGUCGUCGAAGCCGAUUCUAUCUUGGAUGCAUGCUAUCUGUUGCUAAACAAGCAGAACGUAAAGCAACGCCAACAGAUCCUCCGCACGCUCGGUGCCAAGCUGGGUAAAACGGACGGCUUCGGUGGCAACGAAAUGUCGUUGUGCGACAUUGCUUUUACGAGCGCCGUCAAGCAGGUGCAGCGUACGAUCGCAAAGGAAAUUAACCCGAACAUGGCCAAGUGCAUUGGGCGCGUCUCGGCCGUGGUUGGAAUGUAGGAACUGCUGCCUGCUGAUUUGUGAGUGCUUUUCCGCAUAUUUAUUCUUCUCCUUCAAUUUCGUACAAUUCGGACAUUUCUUUGCGUUUUGGAAGAAACGUAUACCAUCAAUGACUUAGUCAAGCAAUGCAAAAACUUCCCCGUUGUGAGAAAAUAAAUUAAACAGUUUUUU